GCAGCGCGAGGGAUGGUGAAGGGCGGGGCCCCGGCCGGCGCCGUCAAGUAGGCCCGGGAACCGCCGGCGCUGCUGAGCCGGUGGGCGGCCGAGGGUCGGAACGCUCGGCGGGUGCUUGCUGGACCUCGGCCGGUGCCCGCGCGGCCGCGUUCCCGUGGCGCUGUCCGCCUUGGCCCGCCAUGCGCCUUCCGGUCCCGUCGCUGGGGGUGCUGCUGCUGCUGCUUCUGCCGCCGCCUCCCGGCGAGGCCACCAAGAAGCCGACGCCCUGUAAGCGCUGCCGGGAGCUGGUGGACAAGUUCAACCAGGGUAUGGUGGACACAGCAAAUAAGAACUUUGGAGGUGGAAACACAGCUUGGGAGGAAAAGACACUGUCCAAGUAUGAAUUCAGCGAGGUCCGCCUGCUGGAGAUCCUGGAGGGCCUGUGCGGGAGCAGCGACUUCGAGUGCAACCAGCUGGUGGAGGAGCACGAGGAGCGCCUGGAGGCCUGGUGGCUGCGGCUGAAGAAGAAGCAUCCUGACCUAUUUGAAUGGUUUUGUGUGAAAACACUGGAAGUCUGUUGUCCUCCGGGAACUUACGGGCCGGACUGCCUGGCGUGCCAGGGCGGGUCGGAGAGGCCCUGCAGCGGGAACGGCCACUGCAGCGGAGACGGCAGCAGGCAGGGGGACGGGUCCUGCCAGUGCCAUGCGGGCUACCAGGGGCCGCUGUGCACCGACUGCGUGGACGGCUACUUCAGCUCGCUGAGGAAUGCGACACACAGCGUCUGCUCAGCCUGUGACCAGUCCUGUAAGACGUGCACGGGCCCCACCCACAGGGACUGCGAGCAGUGCGAAGUGGGCUGGGUGCAGGAGGACGACGCCUGCGUGGACGUGGACGAGUGCGCGGCGGAGACGCCCCCCUGCGGCGACGGGCAGUACUGCGAGAACAGCCGCGGCGCGUUCACCUGCGAAGACUGUGAUGCCACCUGUGUGGGCUGCACGGGCAAGGGUCCCGAGGGGUGUAAGGAGUGCGUGCCCGGCUACUCCAAGGACAGCGGCCAGUGCACAGAUAUUGACGAGUGCUCGCUGGAAGAAAAGCCCUGUUCGCGGCAGAAUGAGAACUGCUACAACACGCCCGGCAGCUACGUCUGCGUGUGUCCCGAAGGCUUCGAGGAGACAGAGGAUGCCUGUGUGCAGACACGGCCCGCGGGGGACGAAGCGGCAGAAGAAAAUCCCACAGAGCUGCCCUCCCGCGAAGACCUGUGACGAGCACCCAGGACCGAAGCCACAUCUUCCCUCUAAGUUAUUCAGACUCAGGUCCCGGACACGCGCCCCUGUGGCUGCAGGGGGCCGUCAGGGGGACGCUGCCUUUUGAAACGGUUGAUGCUCAUGGGACCCUUAACAAAGCUGCAUUUCUUGGUUAUUCUUAAACAGAUUUGUAUAUUUUGAUACCGUCGUUUAUAAUAAAAUUGGCCACUGAAGGUAGUCAGGCAGAGA